UGGAUCGCAGCCCCGCUGCACUUCAGGAAAGCGCUGCCCCGGCCACCCACGCUGGCCCGUCCGGUGGCUCCGAGAGUGUCUUAUGCCGGGCGGGGGCCCGGCCAGGCGGGGCGCGGAGGUGAAACUACAUUUCCCAGCGUGCGCCGCGAGAGUCGCGCAGCCCCGCGUUAAAGAGCCCCCUCCGCCGAGCGCCGGGCGGCGGCAGGAAGCCCCUCUGCUUGGCCAGAAUGGAGCAGCCAAAGGGAGUUGAUUGGACGGUCGUCAUCCUGACCUGCCAGUACAAGGACAGUGUCCAGGUCUUUCAGAGAGAACUGGAAGUGCGGCAGAAGCGGGAGCAGAUCCCUGCUGGGACGCUGUUACUGGCCGUGGAGGACCCAGAGAAGCGUGUGGGCAGCGGAGGAGCCACCCUCAACGCCCUGCUGGUGGCUGCUGAACACCUGAGUGCCCGGGCAGGCUUCACUUAAAUUUGUGCUGGGGUCUCUCUCUGGAUUGGAGGCUGCCAUCCUCCAGGGCCUCUGCCUGAGGCCUCUGUUCACAGGGCUUUCCCACUCCUGCAGGUGGUCACAUCCGAUGUCCUGUACUCGGCCUGGAUCCUCAUUCUGCACAUGG